AUGUUUGAAAGGGGAAAGUUUAUCUGCUGUAUCAGUUUAACUUUGAACUCAGAAAACUAUCAGGAAGCAAUAGAAAUUUUGAAAGGCAGAUUUGGAAAUGAACAAAUCUUAAUAUCUGCUCACAUGGAGUCACUAUUGAGGAUCAGUAAGAUAGCAUCUAGGGAUAAUAUUAAAGAGCUAAGGAUGCUUUAUAAUCAUGUAGAGAGUUGUGUAAGAAAUUUGAAAUCCCUUAAACUUGACACAUCUGGUUACGGCUCAUUGCUAAUUCCAAUCUUAAAAGAUAGAUUGCCUGACGAAAUUACCAUGAUUAUUUCCAGAAAAUUUGGCGAGGAGAUCUGGACACUUGAUAAAGUCAUGGAAUAUUUUAAUAGUGAGCUUCGAGCGCAAGAGAAUCCACUUCGAAUAGAUCAUCCACUUCGAAAAGUGCAUCCACUUCGAAUAGAUUUAUCCAGAAAGAAUCCCAAAGAAAGGGGGGAUAUUAUACUACUAGUGGUUUGUUUGGUCAGACCAAUAAGAUUGCAUGCGUGUAUUGUGGCAAGGAGGGACAUUCAUCAUAGAAACAAGCGGUGUUUUAUAUGCUUAGAUACUGGACAUAUUGCCAAAAAUUGUAAGUCCCAUUAUUUAUGUAGGAAGUGUAAGACUGGCAAGCACCAUAUAUCCAUAUGCGAACAUACACCAGCAGAUCCCCCAGGUAUAAAUCGGGAGGAAGAUAAGAACGCAACAACUAAUGAUAACAAGGGUUUUGUGGUACAUGCUAACUGCGAUAAAAGCGGUAUACUAUUGCAGACAGCUAGAGCGGAUAUAUUAGCCUACCUACAGAUGACAGUGUGCAAGUCCAGACUAGAAUUUUAUUUGACAGCGGUAGUCAGAGGUCGUAUAUAUCUGAGAAGGUUAGAAGUACACUGAAAUUGAAGGCAAUGGACCAUUUGCAUUAUAGACUAAAUUUUGAUCAAGACAAAAAUUUCAUCACAGCUUGAAAGAGCAUCACAAAAUUAGUAAUACUCCAAAGUUUCGUUGCGAAAUGUUGUAAAAUGCGGAUAAUAUAGCCAUGCGAAGUUUGCCGUUUUUCUGUCAUUUUGUAUUACGCACGGGAACUUGACAGCCCAAUCGGGUGUUGGGGCAUCAAUUUCCCGUUUGUAAUACAAAAUGACUGAAAAUUGCAAACUUCGUAAGGCUAUAUUAUCCGCAUUUUACAACAUUUCGCAACGAAACUUUGGAAUAUUACUAAUUUUGUGAUGCUCUUUCAAGCUGUGAUGAAAUUUUUGUCAAGAUGAAAAUUUAGUCUAUAAUGCAAAUGGUCCAUUAGAGUGGAGAAAGUUGUAAUCAAAACCUUUGGGCAGGCUGAGAAUAGUGAGGUACAGGAACUUGAUGUUGUUCAACUUAAGGUUAGAAAUAAAGGUGAUGCUAGAUUUACAUUUGUAGAAGCCCUAUGUGUCCCAACCAUAUGUAGUCCGCUGACACAUCAGCCCCUGUCAAGUGUGCAUAAAUUACCGGAAUUUGCAGGGUUGGAAUUUGCUGACUUUGAGCACAAGCAACACCAAUAUCUCCCGGUCGGCAUUUUGAUUGGCAUCGACUUUUACCAUGUCUUUAUGACUGGUAAGGUUAUAAGAAGUAAAUUAGGCCCUGUUGCAUGUAAAACUAGAGUGGGGUGGGUACUUAGUGGUCGAAUUGGCUCAAGUGCAUCAGAUAUGCAUUGUUUUGAAACACAUUUGCUACGUGCUUCGGUGGAGCAGUCAGAGUCAGAGUCAGACAUAAGCUUACGGCAAGAACUGGAUAAGUUUUGGAAUGUGGAGAGCAUAGGCACUAAAACUGACAGUGUUGUUGACCAAUUCGAAAAUGACAUUAUUCAUGACGGAACUAGGUACAUCACAAAAUUACCAUUUAAACCUGAUCAUGAGGUGCUCCCUGACAAUUUUAAGGUUUGUGAAGGACGGCUUAAAUCACUAAAGAAUAAGUUGGUUGCGAGUAACAUUUUGCAUGAGUACAAUCAAAUAUUCUCGGAGUACGAAGAAAACGGUAUAAUAGAGCGUGUUUCAUCAGCUGAGGUUGCAAGGGAAACAGGGCAAGUACACUACCUUCCCCAUAGGCCGGUUAUACGUAAUGAUAAACAGACUACCAAAAUACGUGCAGUAUUUGAUGCCUCAUGUAAAGUCAGUGGUCCUUCUUAAAUGAAUGCCUUUAUUCAGGUCCUAACCUGAUAGCUAAGAUUUUUGACAUUUUACUUAGGUUUAGAUUGAAUAAGAUUGGGGUAUUAGCUGACAUAAAACAAGCUUUUCUAAAUGUUGGUAUAGAUGCACAGCAUAGAGACUACCUUAGAUUUUUGUGGUAUGAUUUGCAAACUGAGGAUGAGCAGGUAGUAACUUACAGGUUUUUAAGAGUAGUUUUCGGAAUUACAAGUAGUCCAUUCUUAUUGAAUGGGACAAUACGACAUCACCUCAGUAAUUACUUAGAGAAAGAAAGAGAAAUAGCACAGCGAGUUAUAGAUGAUCUUUAUGUUGAUGAUUUGGUUAGUGGCUGUAAUAAACUUGAGGAGGGUAAAGCCCUAUAUGAUAGAAGGCAAUUUUAUCUGAAGCCGGUUAAAACAGCUCGCGGAAGUACGGCAUAGUCGGUUUGUGUUUACAUCUAAUUUGUCCUCCGGUAGUCGUAUAGAGCUUCAUGGUUUUUGUGAUAGCUCUAAAGAAGUUUACUGUGCGGUUGUCUACCUACGGCUCGUCUAUCAGGGCGCGGUCCAUGUAUGUUUUUUAGCUUCAAAAACUAAGGUAGCUCCCUUAAAAACACUCACGAUUCCUCGGUUAGAACUCUUGGGGGUGCUUACUCCUUAGCAAAUUAAUUCGUGAAGUACUCAUAGGAGUUGAAAACCGAAUUAAUUUGCAUGAUAUAUUCUGUUGGACUGAUUCCGAGGUUGCUCUUUGUUGGGUUAAUGGGAAAGAGAAGAGUUGGGAGCCUUGGAUUGAGAAUAGGGUUGUGGCUAUAAGGAAAGUGGUGGAUCGUGAGAAGUGGCAUUUUGUUAGGGGUGAGGUAAAUCCUGCCGAUAUCCCUACUCGACUGUCUUCAAAUUUAAAAGAUUCUUUUUCGGGCUGUUGGUUUAAGGGACCUUUGAUGUUGUGGUCACAGGAGUUGGAAGUUGACAGGGUAAAAGCUAGUUGUGGUAACGAAAACUCUUUGGUUGGGAGGGUUAAUGUAGAAGUUCCUACUGAAGUUGUCAACUUCAGUAACACGACAGAGAAGGGCACGCCUAACAACAGCAGAUGUUCAAUGGGUGCUGUCAUUGAUUGCACUCGUUACAGCUCAUUGAAGAAAAUGCUACUAACAACUGGCUACGUAAUGAGAUUUGUGAACAAUUUAAAGAAGCGAGUGAGAAAACUUGAUGGUGAUAUCGUCAGUGAUAUAGUGUACUGA